GUGAAGUAAGCAAUUUGUUCUUCUCAGCAAAAGGACAACUUUAUCUCUAACUUAUUUGGCUUCAUAAUUUGGCUUUCAAUUAAGUUAAUGAUAUGAAAAUGUACAGAAAUUGCCUGUGAACUAUAAGAUAGAGACAAAUAAUUUGAUCAAAACGUUACAGAUGAUAGGUUUUCCUCUCACAGGCAGGACUCCAACACCGCAGGUGGAAAAGCAACAAAAGGAACAAGACAAAGGCAUCGUUUUUACAUCCUCGCCUGGGUCAUCAUUGAAGAUCAUCUUGAACAUCUCCAGUGAUGGCAAGCUUAUUACCUCAUGAAGCAGCUCAUUCCAUCUCAGGACAGUUCUGCUUGCGUGAAGAGUCUUCUUUAUACUACAUUAAACCUCUCUCCAUAUAAUUUCCACCUUUGGAGUUAGGCCAAGAAUAAAGGGAAGAUGAGGGAUCGACUUCAAGAACUAAAGCAAAGAACAAAGGAACUCGAACUCUCUAGAGACAGGCAUGUGUCAACUACAGAAGCAGAGGAACAAGGAAGGAUUCUGCAGCAAGCUGUUAUUUAUGAAAGAGAGCCUGUAGCUGAGAGACACCUACAUGAGAUCCAAAAACUUCAGGAGAGUAUUGACAGUUUGACAGACGAUGUUCAAAAAUUUGGGCAGCAACAGAAAAGUCUGUUGGCUUCAAUGAGAAGAUUUAGUCUCCUUAAGAGAGAGUCGGGCAUUACAAAAGAGAUUAAAAUCCAAGCAGAAUACAUCAAGAGAGGUUUGGAUGAUUUGAUAAAAGAAGCAAAAAAAUCAGAGGCUGAAACUGGUCCAUCAUCAGUGGUCACAAGGAUACUUAAAUCUCAGCAUGCCGCAAUGUUCCACCACUUUCAGCAAACCAUGUUGAUAUACAAUGACACAAUAGCAGCAAAACAAGAGAAGUGCAAGAAAUUUAUUUUCCGUCAGCUUGAAGUUGCUGGAAAGCAAGUGCCCGAAGAAGAAGUAAAUGAUAUGCUUCAUCAAGGAAAAUGGGAAGUUUUCAAUGAAAGCUUGCUUACAGAAAUCAAUAUCACUAAAGCACAACUCUCAGAGAUAGAACAGAGACACAAGGAACUUGUUAAUUUGGAGAAUCAAAUGAAGGAUUUAAGGGAGCUUUUCAUUCAUAUAUCUCUUUUAGUAGAAGAACAAGGAGAAAACAUCAACAAUAUUGAAAUGACAGUGAAUGGUACAAAAGAGUAUGUUAACACUACUAAAGAGAAAUUUGGCCUAGCUGUGAAAUAUAAAAAAAGAAAUCUUUGCAGGGCACUGUGUUGUUGGUGUUGUCCAUGCUGUGGCUCAAAAUAAAGAAUCUGUUUUAGAAAACU